AUGACGGACUACGAAGGAGCCAGGUACGAAGCCGACGAUUUUAACAACAAUAUCAACAGCAACGGCGGCGACGGCCACUACGCGGCAGCUGAUGACGCCGCAGCUGGAGUCACUUCCCCUCAGGCGCGAGGCAGUGGCCACGACGCCGCGGAUGACUGCGGCGAUUCCAGAUCUCAGCAUGAAUCUCGAGAUGUCGAAAGAGAAUCAUCAAAGAGUAGGGAAAAGGAAAGAGAAAGAAGGCGCGGCAAAGAGAGGGACCGAGACCGUGAAAGGGACAGGGAUAGAGAGAAAAGCAGAGACAGAGAUAGGGAGAAGGACCGAGAUAGGGAUCAUGACCGUCAUCACCGUGAUAGAGAUAGAGACAGAGAUCGACACAGGGAUCGCAGUGAACGAAGGGAGCGAGGUAGAGAUAGAGAUGGCGAUGAUGACCGCCCUCGAAGCCGGGAUUAUGAUAGGCAUAGAGAUCAUGAUAGGGACAGAGAAGAGAGACGCAUACGCAGCUCGCGUUCUCAUUCCAGGGGUCGAUCUCCUUCAAAGGGUAGAUCCGAACACCGGUCAAGGUCACGCUCUCGAUCACGUUCUAAGAGCAAAAGACGUAGUGGUUUUGAUAUGGCUCCUGCAGCGCCUGCAAUGCUGCCUAUCCCUACUGCUGCAGGCCAGAUUCCAGGGGCCAAUCCUGCCCUUGCUGGAAUGUUUCCCAACAUGUUUCCGCUUACAGCGGGUCAGACAUUUGGAACACUUCCUGUAAUGCCAGUUCAGGCAAUGACACAGCAGGCUACCAGGCAUGCACGGCGUGUAUACGUUGGAGGGCUUCCUCCUUCAGCUAAUGAGCAGUCUGUUGCUACAUAUUUUAAUCAAGUCAUGGCAGCCAUUGGAGGAAACACAGCUGGCCCAGGUGAUGCUGUUGUAAACGUGUAUAUAAACCACGACAAGAAGUUUGCCUUUGUGGAGAUGAGAUCUGUUGAAGAGGCCAGUAAUGCAAUGGCUCUGGAUGGUAUUAUGUUUGAGGGAGCUCCUGUGAAGGUGAGGAGGCCAACUGAUUACAAUCCAUCUCUAGCAGCAACGCUUGGCCCUAGUCAACCAAAUGCCAACCUGAACUUGGGUGCAGUGGGUCUAACCCCAGGUUCUGCUGGUGGACUUGAGGGUCCAGACCGCAUAUUUGUGGGAGGACUUCCCUAUUACUUCACGGAGGCCCAAGUUAGGGAGUUGUUGGAGUCUUUUGGGUCGCUCCGGGGAUUUGAUUUGGUAAAAGAUAGAGAAACUGGAAACUCAAAGGGUUAUGCAUUUUGUGUGUAUCAAGAUGUUUCAGUGACAGACAUUGCAUGUGCUGCUCUGAAUGGAAUUAAGAUGGGCGAUAAAACACUAACUGUUAGGCGCGCCAACCAGGGUGCGAAUCAGCCUAAACCUGAGCAAGAGAGUAUACUAAUGCACGCCAAACAGCAGAUUGCUUUGCAGAGACUCAUGCUGCAGCCGGCACCUACUAAAGUUGUCUGCUUAACACAAGUUGUCACGGAGGAUGAGCUGAAAGAUGAUCAAGAGUAUGAAGACAUCUUGGAGGACAUGAGAAUAGAAGGCGGGAAAUUUGGUAAUUUGCUGAAUGUAGUCAUCCCCAGGCCAAGUCCUGAUGGUGCUCCUUCGCCUGGAGUUGGCAAGGUCUUCCUGGAGUAUGCAGACAUUGAUGGUGCAACGAAAGCUCGAGCUGGUAUGAACGGCAGGAAAUUUGGUGGGAAUCAAGUGGUGGCCAUCUUUUAUGCAGAAAACAGGUUCCAUGAAGGUGACUAUGAUGGAUGA